UAAAAAUGUCACCGGAAAUGAAUGUGCAUCAGAUGUAUCUAAAGUUUAGAUAUAAACCUUCGAGAACACCCCCAACGAAAGCUCCCGAAAAGCUCGCCAACUUCGCGACAAAUCAAUAGGAUAAAGAACUUUAUGCCAGUCUUACUCAACGCGUACACAACAGGAUAACGCAGCCACCUCAAAGCGGCGAGAAUUUUCGGUUAUUUGGUUAUUUUCACAAAAUAAUCCCUCUUCCAAAGAGGUUUUCGAAAAGGAAAACACUUUAAGUUGCGAAGCCCCAGCAAAAUGCGUGGACUCGUCGAGGAUACGAAAAAGACCAAGUUGUCGUCCACGAACAACAACAACAUCAGCAGCAACAGUCGCUUAAAGUCGGCUACUACUGUGCCAGGAUCAAGUGCCAGUGGCAGCAGCUCGAAGACACUGAGGAGUGCGGUGAAAACCCCGACGAUGAGCAGCACGACGUCAUUGGCCGCGGGAGCAGUGGCGGCCAAGAAGACGCCUCAAACGGGGCCACAACAAGUUGGCAAGUCUGCAAAGUCCUCGACGGCAGCGGCAACAACAACUGCUGCCGGAACUGGAGCAGCAACAACAAGGGCCCAGGCAGCGGCGGCCAAAGCCCAAAAGGGUCAGAAUCCACCCCCACAACAAGUGCAGCCCAAGCAGCAACAGCAGCAGCAGCAACAACCACAGACACAGCAGCAACCCUUAGUGUUGCAGCCGCAGCAGCAACACCAGGCCAACAACAGCAGCAACACGAUUGCCCUGCCCAAAGCCUCGCAUGCCAACACCAGCGAGGAGCUGGCCGGCGGUGUCCAGGACACCAUAUACCUGUGCAACUUUCGGGUGUCCGUCGAUGGCGAGUGGCUGUGUCUCAAGGAGCUGCAGGACAUUGAUGUUGCCGGCGGCACAGGCAGUCAGGCUGUGCAGACGAGUGAAAAACUGGGCGGAGGAGGCCAAUCCCAGUCUGGCUUUGGAUCCAACUACAACGGGGGCUCGAACUCCAGCAAGCGCAACAGUAAGCGCUUCUCCGGAUUGUCCACCGGCAGUGGAGGCGGCGGAAACGGCGGCAGCGGCGGAGGCGGCGCCCUGGACAUCACGGACAAUGGUAUUAUGGCAAUUGAAAACCUUAUCGGCCGCCGACUGUGCGACAUGGUCCACAGUGGCUCCUCGGCACUCGGCCAGUCCCAGUCGCACUCCCAGUCGCAGUCGCACCAGAGUGUCGGCCUCUUCGCCGAGUGGUCGCAUCUCUCCAGGGAUACGGCAGAAAUAGAGCGCAGCAAUCUGGUGAAUAUUUGCAAGUUGGUGGUCAAGGAGCUGUUGGAGCAGUCCCUCCGCUAUGGACGCAUGCUGGACUCGGAUCAUCUGCCGCUGCAGCAUUUCUUCAUCGUCAUUGAGCACGUCCUGGGCCAUGGCUUGAGGCCUAAGAAGGGUCUCCUGGGGCCGCGCAAGGAGCUGUGGGACCUGCUGCAGAGCGUCGAGCACUACUGCCCGGAGGCGCAGGACAUCACGGCCAGUGUCAGGGAUCUGCCCACCGUUCGCACCCACAUUGGCCGGGCUCGGGCCUGGCUAAGAAUUGCCCUGAUGCAAAAGAAGCUAUCGGACUACCUGCAGGCCCUCAUCGAGCACAGGGAUGAUUCACUGUACGACUACUACGAGCCGCAUGCCCUGAUGAUGAGCGAUGAGAUCGUUGUGAUAAUGGGCAUUCUAGUGGGUUUGAACGUAAUCGAUUGCAAUCUGUGCGUCAAGGAGGAGGAUCUGGACUCCCAGCAGGGCGUCAUCGACUUUUCGCUGUACCUGCGUUCCAGUUCACGGAAUGCCGAUGCCGCGCCGGAGGACAGUGCUCCGCCCGCCCUGCUGGAUGCCACUGGCCAGGGCAACAUGAUUGCGGUGCUGGACCAGAAGAACUACAUUGAGGAGCUCAACAGGCACCUAAACGCCACUGUGGGCAAUCUUCAGGCCAAGGUAGAGUCGCUGACGACCACGAAUGCCCUGAUGAAGGAGGAUUUGGCCAUUGCUCGUAAUAGUUUGUUGGCCCUGCAAGCCGAAAACCAGGCCAUGCGGCAGUCCACUCCGGCGGCGGAUAAUACUUCCACAGGUUCAGGGGGUUCCUCCGACAAGGACAAGGAGAAGGCUUCGGAGGAGCUGCUGGAGGAGCGUCGCAAGACCAGCGAGUUGGAGAAGGAACUCAAGCUGCAGGUGUCCCUCAAGGCGGAGUCCGACAUGGCAAUGAAGCUGCUGGAGAAGGACAUCCACGAGAAGCAGGACACGAUAGUCUCGCUGCGCCGCCAACUGGACGACAUCAAGCAGAUCAACUUGGAGAUGUACCGCAAGCUGCAGGAAUGUGAAGAUGAACUCACACAAAAGGGCGAGAUGGUCUCGCGCCUGCAAACGAAAGCCUCACAAAUUGGUAACAUUUUACAAUCGCUAGAAAAGAAAUACGAAUCGAAGCUCGUCGACCAGCACCACUAUGGAUCUGGGUCGGGAUCGGGAUCGGGAUCAGGAGCUGGAGCUGGGGGCGGAUCCAUUGGCGGAGACCGCUCCCCCAACACCAGACGACAGCAGAAUCUGGAGAAGUUCGAGGCGCUCACCAAGAAGCACAAACAGGACGCAGGCCCGCCCAUGAAGCGGAUGCACCUCAAGAUGGACGCCUUUCCGCCCUUCGAUCCGAGCAAGUACCGCAAGUCGCCGCGCCAGCCGGAUGCACCCAAUCCGGAGGAGCUGCCGGAGAGCAAGGAUGCCAAGACGCCCACGUCCGCCAAGUCCCUGAACGAUGAGCUGGCCGAGGCGGCGGCUGUGGUGAGCCAGCACUUCGGAGUGGAUGCAUCUCAGAGCGAUUAUGUCCUGUGCCGGGAGCAGACAGCCGAGGGAGAUACUUAAGCCGCAGCUAAAUCUAGAAUAAGACUCCUUGUUUCUAAGGCCAGUUUCGGUUUUCACCAGAACUAAAUGUAUUAACUUUUCCGAUUUCCACAAAUCGAUGUAAUAUCCAAAUUUGAAUUUAAUUUUCUUUUUCCAUUUCUUGAUGGCUGAAAUAAGGUUUUUAUCUUUACUGAAUGAAUUUAGUGCCUGACUGCAUUUAUACAUAAGGAGAGAUUUAAUUUAUUAAUCUUAUUUAACAUGUAUAAGGAGAAAUUAUUGUUGAGAGUUCAUUUCAAACAAAUUUGCUACUCUGAUUUACUGUAUAAGCUACAGAUUAAUUAUUCCACCAUGUGAAAAUCGGAACAGGCCUGCAUUGCUCUCAACAUCCUUGGGACCUGGACAACCACUCAAAGUCCGCCUCCAGGUCCCGGACGGAACUUAAAGUGCAACUACCUAGACAAACCUAAAGUUAUAUAGCCCUAUAGCCGGUGUGUGUACCAUAUAGGAUGCCUUUACGCCCUAGACCAGAUCUCCAAAACGGAUAGAAUGUAUUGUUAAAGGUUUUGAAUUACUACAGUGUGCAACCUGUUAGCUAAAUUAUCUUCCCAGAGCCCCCGUAAACAAUGAUUAUAUACGAUUAUACUAUAGCGACGUAUGUAUGUAUAUAUGUAUAGUGUGAUUAAGAGGCUUCAGAUGUUUAUUAUACAUAUGUAUGUACGUAUGGACCCCCCCGCAAUCGCUUAUAUUGUAACUAUACACCCAGCCUAGUCGAAUAAAAAAAUAUUGUACUUAUAUACUAUGAAUAAAUAUUGAGACUAUAUGAAUCUACAAGUCCAUGCAAUCUAUUAUACGCGUUGGAGCUUGUGUAUAUAUUCUAAUACUCGUACUCUCAAAAUCGAUCCCAGAUGAAUAAAACUUAUCCGAA